AUGUGCGUCGCUGUUCUAAUACAUUCGCUGAAGGAUGCGAUGGGUGAGGAAUGCUAUUACGCUACGCCGAUAAACAGUCGUGCGCGCGAUUUCGUGCGAAGCGACUUACUUAUUUGCUUCAGCCGGUUACUUCUCUCCUUAAGGAAUUCUGGCCGAAAAGUGCUCAGUUCACUUUCUGUUUCGUCGCUUUUUCAAUGCGACAAGUCUGAACUCAUUGUGCCUCAAAAUCCAGUUUGGGGAACCAUAAAUCAAAAAAGUGUGCAGUUAGCUCAGGCAUGGCGAUCUGUAUCUUUUCAUCGCGACGAUGGCUGCUAUUGGUCGACGGCAACAUACAGUCGUAUAUGUUCGAAUGAUGUGCUAUUAGAUUAUGUCUUUUUCGACUGCAUUUUUGCAAAGACAGAUGCUUUUUCGCGUACGAAAUUGAGACGUGACUUCACGUCUUCAGCCUCGGAAGAUUUGCAUGCUGCCGUGAUGAAGAAGUGA